AUGACCGAUAUUAUGGAUGACAGCUAUGCAAUGGCUGAGAAUGACUACUUCUUGCCCGAAGGCGAGGAAAUGUAUGAGGAUGAGCCCAUUACGCAAGAAGAUUGUUGGACAGUUAUCUCUUCGUUCUUUGAGGAAAAAGGUCUUGUUAGACAGCAAUUAGACUCUUUUGACGAAUUUGUACAAAAUACCAUGCAAGAAUUAGUCGACGAGAAUUCUAAUCUUGUACUUCAACACGUUGGAGGCGACGGCGAUGUCACAAAACGAUAUAUUAUUGAUUUUGGACAAAUUUAUUUGUCAAAGCCGACCAUGACCGAAGCCGAUGGUAGUACUCAACCCAUGUUUCCCCAGGAAGCGCGUAUCCGUAAUUUAACAUACGCGUCGCCAUUAUACGUCGAUAUGAGUAAACGUACACAAAUUGCAGUUCCGUAUGAUCCCAACAACCCUAAAUCCAACUCAAAUGAUCUGUUUCAAGAUGAAAGUACAGAACCGCCACCAAUGACCAAGGUCUUUAUUGGCAAGGUUCCUAUUAUGUUACGAUCCACCUAUUGUAUCCUUCAUGAUAUGCCUGAAAGUGGAAUGCACGAGUUGAAUGAAUGUUCUUUCGAUAUGGGUGGUUAUUUUGUCAUCAAUGGUUCCGAAAAAGUAUUGAUUGCCCAGGAACGUAUGGCUACAAAUACAGUAUACGUCUUUGCUAAAGCACCACCUUCCAAUGUACAAUACACAGCAGAAAUCAGAUCACAGCCUGAAAAAGGUUCGAAAAAUGCUUCCCCCUUGUUCAUUAAGAUGCUAAGGCCUUCUUCUGAGCGUGGAACGGCUGGACAAUGCAUCCGUGCUGCUUUACCUUAUAUUCGUAGCGAGAUUCCUAUCGUUAUUGUUUUCAGAGCGUUGGGUCAAGUAUCUGAUAGAGACGUUCUGGAACAUAUUUGCUACGACAGGUCAGAUUAUGAAAUGCUAGAAUUAUUGAAGCCUUCUAUCGAAGAAUCAUUUGUUAUUCAAGACCAAGAUGUUGCUUUGGAUUAUAUUGGUAAAAGAGGUACAACCGUUGGUGCAACCAAAGACAAACGUAUCAAGUAUGCAUCCGAGAUCCUACAGAAAGAAUUACUACCGCACGUUGGUACAGCAUACAAAACGGAAACGCGUAAAUCAUACUUUUUCGGUUACAUGAUCCAUCGUCUGUUAUUGGCCGCUUUAGAACGUCGUGAAUUAGAUGAUCGUGAUCAUUACGGUAAAAAACGUAUGGAUCUUGCAGGUCCAUUGAUGGCUGGCCUCUUUAGAAUUCUCUUUAAAAAAUUAACAAAGGAUGUUGCAAAAUAUUUGCAAAAGUGUAUCGAAUCAAGUAGAGAAUUUAAUCUCACGCUUGCUGUCAAAUCAAAUACUAUCACAAAUGGUCUCAAAUACUCACUCGCCACUGGUAAUUGGGGUGAUCAAAAGAAGGCUAUGCAGUCUCGUGCAGGAGUUUCGCAAGUAUUGAACCGUUAUACCUUUGCUUCCACAUUAUCUCAUUUGCGUCGUUGUAAUACCCCUAUUGGUCGUGAUGGUAAAAUUGCCAAACCUCGUCAACUUCACAACACUCAUUGGGGCCUUGUUUGUCCUGCCGAAACGCCAGAAGGUCAAGCUUGUGGUUUGGUGAAAAAUUUGGCUUUGAUGUCCUACAUCUCAGUCGGUUCCUCUGCCACUCCUCUAAUUAUGUUUUUGGAAGAAUGGGCUAUGGAAAAUUUGGAAGAACUCAGCUCUGCUAGUAUUGCCAAUGCAACCAAAGUGUUUGUUAAUGGUGUUUGGAUUGGUAUUCAUCGUGAUCCUUCCGAUCUAAUCCUAGCUUUGAAGCAAAUGAGACGUUCCGUUGACAUCUCUCCUGAAGUUAGUAUUGUUCGUGAUAUCCGUGAAAAGGAAUUAAGAAUGUACACAGAUGCUGGUCGUUGCUGUAGACCACUUUUCUUAGUCGAAGAUCAACAAUUGAAAUUGACUCGCGAGCACAUUAUCCAACUUCAAGAUACAGAGUCAGAUUAUGGAUGGCAGAACCUAAUUGCUGAUGGUAUUGUUGAAUAUGUGGAUGCAGACGAAGAAGAAACCGCUAUGAUCUGUAUGACACCGGAGGAUUUGGCUGAAUCGCGUAUGACAGCUCAAUAUGGUGCUCCACUACAGGAAACUCGUGAUUUAGCAAGUCGUGUUAAGUCACAGACUGGUAGUUAUUCUCACACUUGGACUCAUUGUGAAAUUCAUCCUAGUAUGAUUCUUGGUAUUUGUGCCAGUAUUAUUCCCUUCCCAGAUCACAAUCAGUCUCCUCGUAAUACCUAUCAGUCUGCUAUGGGUAAGCAGGCCAUGGGUGUUUAUCUUACCAACUUCCAGACGCGUAUGGAUACUUUGGCCAAUAUCUUGUAUUACCCUCAAAAACCGUUGACAACAACAAGAUCUAUGGAAUUCUUACGUUUUAGAGAAUUACCCGCUGGUCAGAAUGCCAUCGUUGCCAUUUUAUGUUACUCUGGUUAUAAUCAAGAAGAUUCCGUUAUCAUGAAUCAAAGUAGUAUCGACCGAGGUCUCUUCAGAUCUCUUUUCUUCCGUACCUAUAUGGAUGCUGAGAAAAAGGCUGGUAUGAUGUUCAUGGAAGAGUUCGAAAAACCCACCAGGGACACCACUUUACGUUUGAAGCAUGGCACUUAUGAAAAGUUAGAAGAUGAUGGUUUGAUUGCUCCUGGUACUCGUGUAUCUGGCGAUGAUAUUAUUAUUGGUAAAACUGCACCUAUUCCUGCAGAUUCUGAAGAGUUAGGUCAAAGAACCGGUACCCAUAACAAACGCGAUGCUUCUACACCCUUAAGAUCAACCGAAACUGGUAUCGUUGAUCAAGUCAUGUUAACGACCAAUCAAGAUGGCUUGAAAUUUGUCAAAGUCCGUGUUCGUUCAACUCGUGUACCUCAGAUGGGCGAUAAGUUUGCUUCUCGUCAUGGUCAGAAGGGUACCAUUGGUAUGACGUACCGUCAAGAAGAUUUCCCCUUUUCAGCGGAAGGCAUCACACCAGAUCUUAUCAUCAAUCCUCACGCUAUUCCUUCUCGUAUGACUAUUGGGCACAUGAUUGAAUGUUUGCUUGGUAAGGUCUCAACAUUGACUGGUAACGAAGGUGAUGCUACGCCUUUCACUGAAGUUACUGUCGAAGCUAUCUCACAAGCACUCGCGGCACAAGGAUAUCAAUCUCGUGGUUUUGAAGUAAUGUAUAACGGUUUUACCGGGCGUAAAUUAAAUGCUCAAGUGUUCUUGGGCCCCACAUAUUAUCAACGUUUGAAGCACAUGGUGGACGAUAAAAUUCACAGUAGAGCUAGAGGUCCAGUGCAGAUUUUAACAAGACAACCUGUAGAAGGCCGUUCAAGAGAUGGUGGUUUGCGUUUCGGUGAAAUGGAAAGAGAUUGUAUGAUCAGUCAUGGUGUAGCUCAAUUUUUAAAAGAACGUUUGUUCGACGCGUCCGAUGCUUAUCGUGUUCAUGUUUGUGAUAUUUGUGGUUUAAUGGCUAUUGCCAACUUGAAAAAGAACAACUUCGAAUGCAGAGCAUGCAAAAACAAGACCAGGAUCUCACAAAUACAUAUCCCCUAUGCUUGUAAACUUCUAUUCCAAGAACUAAUGGCAAUGAAUAUUGCUCCUCGUAUGUUUGUAGAUGCUGAUUAA